GGCUAGUAACCAGCGCCUUUAGGGCUAACCUCCCCCCCAGCUCCCGCCUGAAAAUGACAUUUCGCCGGCGUCUCCGGAGGGGGCUGAAUUUCACUUUGUAACUUUCUGCGGAACCCGAGCCCGGGUGGCAGCUCGGGUGGUGGUAUCGUAUGCAAAUACGCAUGCUGACGUUACAGAUCAUGUGGGUUUUGGCGUAGAUUCCCCACUGAUCGAGACAUUUUUUUUUCCCCUUUUUUUCCUUCUUUUUUUUUUUUUUUUUUUUUCUUUUUAAAAUUUUGGCCACUGUUCCCCGUACGGGGGCUUUUCCUGUCCGUCUGUCUGGCAGGCUGGCCGUGCCCCUCUUUCCCACGGAGCCCGAGCCCGGCGCCCGGUGGGGAGUGGGGAGUGGGUGGGGGGAGCCAGCAGAGUUCCAUUUUGGAACGCCCGUGCCGCGUCUCCGCGCUCCCAGCCCGGGUCCCCGCGUCCCCAGCCCCGGCGCAGGAGCAGCUGAGCCGUCAGAGGACCUCAACCCCAGCCUGCCCACAAGCUGUGUGACCUCAGGAAAAUCACUUAACUUCUCUGUGCCUCAUUUUCCUCAACUGCAAAAUAGCACUGAUGACACUCUCCCAAGUUUUUUUUUUUUUUUUAAUUUUUUUUUAAUGUUUAUUUUUGUGAGAGAGAGACAGAGUGCAAGCAGGGGAGGGGCAGAGAGAAAGAGAGACACAGAAUUGGAAGCAGGCUCCAGGCUUUGAGCUGUCAGCACAGAGCCCGAAGCAGGGCUUGAACUCACGAGCCUUUGAGCUCUGAGAUCAUGACCUGAGCCAGAGUCGGCCGCGUAACUGACUGAGCCACCCAGGCACCUCUCCCAAGUUCUUUUAAGCGAUUAGUUAAUGGAUAAAAAGCUCUUUCUAAACUAAAAUGGGCUUCACAGAGUAUUGUCCCUCCCACAAGUCAGUGCCUGGAAUACUAAGGCUAGCUGGUCUUCCAGGACCUUCUUUCACUGGAUGGUUAGUUCUAAGUGCAGUGGGCAGGAGCCCCAAACACUCUGCAAUCCAAAUAAAUUAAUCGCUGGGAUUAACACAGAAGCUUGAAUUCUCCUGCAGGAGGAAGGCCCAGAACCUUUAACUGGGAAAUUUUGUGGGCCCUCACAAAAAGGGAGGAGGAGGAAAUCAGUGUGCAGCAUGCAACGCCUCCCUCUCUGAAGGCUCUCCAGGACACCCAGGACCCUCCCUCUCUGGGGCCUGAGGUCAUCCCCCGGCCCCCCACUGCCCUUCCCCAGCCCUCCCACCCAGCUGGGCCUGCCCAUCCCUUCCCCCUCGCAUUCUGCUUCCCCGAGAUCACGAGACCACGCAGUGGAAAGGAACACCGGCUUGGGAAUCACACGAGCACGGGCUUGGCUCAGCUCUACCAGUCGCCAGCAGUAAGCGAGUUGUGGCCUCGUGAGCCUGUUUCCUCACCUGGAGAAUGGGCUAUGACUUCCUUCCUUCCACGGUUAUUGACGGAUAUUACUAUUCCUUCCGAGAUUAUGGAUGAGAACCUGGCGGGCUUUAGUGUGCCCAGAAAUCACCCGAGAAGCUUGUUGGGAGGCAGGUUCUGACGCUGUAGGGCUGGGUGGGGUCUGCGACGCUGUUCUCUCCACCAGCUCCCAGGUGACACGACUUCCCUCUUGAAGAACAAGAACACAGAGCAGGUAUAUGACGGCAACUAUUGCCAUGAAGAUUCUUUUUUCUCCCCAGUCAAAAGGUUCUUCCUUGCAAACAGGCAUCGAUGGAUAAGAGAAACCUCUGCUCACCUCUGAAUUCGUAGGGAAACAAGAAAAGACAAGUUUUGCUUUAGAGGCAGCCUGGGUGUGGGGAGUGAGGAGAGUGGCCUCCACGGCUCAUCAGCACGCAGCUCCACGCGCACACGUGCGCCGCAGGUGGGCCUCCGCCGGCUGCAGAAACCUCUAGAGCUCAGGCCUCAACUUGCCAUGCUGGGAACGCAGCCUCGGAGCCGGGCACACGCCUUAUUCCUCCGGCUACAGCUCUCCAGAGGAAUUUUCAAAGCACACGGGGUUCGCUUGGCAGGAGCCUCCCAGGAUAUAAACACGCAUUUGGGGCUUUUGCUUUAAGGACUGCGGUGCCUUUUUGACUGGAGGCCUGUGCCCAGGCCUCUUCCCCCUCACCUUCAUCAAAAUGGAACCACGGCCGGCCAGCCGCUGCUAGGAGCAGACACCAAAGACUCCAGGAGAGCCGGAGUGAGGAUCGGGACACCUCCCCACCCCACCCCAUCCGAUCCUGCUUUUGGCUUCCCCUCCUAAAAGGCCUGCUUCCCAACAAGCUGCUGACUCACCCAGGGUCUUGACACACUGGCUGCUCUUGGAGUUCAAGCAUACCAAGAUUCCCAGGAUGUAAGCAAUCCGGGACUGAUAUGAUGCUGCCUCUUGUGUUUAGCCAUUGGAGCAGUUACAGUUUUUUGUGCUGAGAUCAUUCUGAACACUCAAACACUAGACUUCAGCAUUCAAGGGAAGCCAAAGCCAUUGGAGGGGGAAUAAAGCCCAAAGCCUUUUAUCUGAUUUGCUCCAAAAAUUUCACUGCCCCUUCCCUACCCACCCCCCUCCCCAAAUUUAAGCUGUUGCACACAGACAGACGGCAUGGCGAGCAAGCGAAAAUCCACAACCCCGUGCAUGGUUCGGACAUCACAGGUAGUAGAACAAGAUGUGCCCGAGGAAGGAGACAGGGCCAAAGAAAAAGGAAACAGCACAACACAGCCUGAAACAACCAAGGACAGUUGGACAGUAGAACCCGAGAACUCUUCCAAAGAAAAUGAAGUGAUAGAGGUGAAAUCUACAGGGGAAAACCAAUCCAAAAAACUCCAAGGUGGUUAUGAAUGCAAAUACUGCCCCUACUCCACGCAAAACCUGAACGAGUUCACGGAGCACGUUGACACGCAGCACCCCAACGUGAUUCUCAACCCCUUAUACGUGUGUGCCGAAUGUAACUUCACAACCAAAAAGUACGACUCCCUGUCUGACCACAACUCCAAGUUCCAUCCCGGGGAGACCAACUUCAAGCUGAAGUUAAUCAAGCGCAAUAAUCAAACUGUCUUAGAGCAGUCCAUCGAAGCCACCAACCACGUCGUGUCCAUCACCACCAGCGGCCCCGGAAGCGGCGACGGUGAUCCCGGAAUCUCAGUGAGUAAAACCCCCAUCAUGAAGCCAGGGAAACCAAAAGCCGAUGCCAAGAAGGUGCCCAAGAAGCCGGAGGAGGCCACGCCCGAGAACCACGUGGAAGGGACUGCCCGCCUGGUGACAGACGCGGCUGAGAUCCUCUCGAGACUCGGAGGCGUGGAGCUCCUCCAGGACACAUUAGGGCACGUCACGCCUUCUGUCCAGCUCCCACCAAAUAUCAACCUUGUCCCGAAGGUCCCCGUCCCGCUGAAUACUACCAAAUACAACUCUGCCCUGGACACGAAUGCCACCAUGAUCAACUCCUUCAACAAGUUCCCUUACCCGACCCAGGCCGAGUUGUCCUGGCUGACAGCUGCUUCCAAACACCCAGAAGAGCACAUCAGAAUCUGGUUUGCCACACAGCGCUUAAAGCAUGGCAUCAGCUGGUCCCCGGAGGAGGUGGAGGAGGCCCGGAAAAAGAUGUUUAAUGGCACCAUCCAGUCAGUACCCCCCACGAUCACCGUGCUGCCGGCCCAGCUGGCGCCCACAAAGAUGUCACAGCCCAUCCUCCAGACAGCUCUGCCGUGCCAGAUUCUCGGCCAGACCAGCCUGGUGCUGACUCAGGUGACCAGCGGAUCAACAACGGUCUCCUGCUCCCCCAUCACGCUUGCCGUGGCCGGAGUGACCAACCAUGGCCAAAAAAGGCCUUUAGUGACUCCCCAGGCCGCCCCCGAGCCCAAGCGUCCACACAUCGCUCAGGUGCCAGAGCCCCCGCCCAAGGUGGCCAACCCUGUGCUGACGCCAGCCAGUGACCGCAAGAAGACAAAGGAGCAGAUUGCGCAUCUCAAGGCAAGCUUUCUCCAGAGCCAGUUUCCUGACGAUGCUGAGGUCUAUCGGCUCAUCGAGGUGACCGGCCUUGCCAGGAGUGAGAUCAAGAAGUGGUUCAGCGAUCACCGGUAUCGGUGUCAAAGAGGCAUCGUCCACAUCACCAGCGAAUCCCUUGCCAAAGACCAGUUGGCCAUCGCAGCCUCCCGACACGGCCGCGCGUACCACGCGUACCCGGACUUUGCCCCACAGAAAUUCAAAGAAAAAACACAGGGUCAGAUUAAAACCCUGGAGGACAGCUUUUUGAAAAGCUCUUUCCCGACCCAAGCAGAACUGGAUAGACUAAGGGUGGAAACCAAGCUGAGCAGGAGAGAGAUCGAAUCCUGGUUCUCAGAGAGACGGAAGCUUCGGGACAGCAUGGAACAAGCAGUCUUGGAUUCCAUGGGGACUGGCAAAAAAGGCCAAGAUGUGGUGGCCCCCAAUGGUGCUCUGUCUCGACUUGACCAGCUCUCCGGUGCCCAGUUAGCCAGUUCUCUGCCCAGCCCUUCACCAGCAAUUACGAAAAAUCAAGAACAGGUACAUCUCCUGCGGAGCACGUUUGCAAGAACCCAGUGGCCUACUCCCCAGGAGUAUGACCAGUUAGCAGCCAAGACAGGCCUGGUCCGAACUGAAAUUGUGCGCUGGUUCAAAGAGAACAGGUGCUUGCUAAAAACCGGAACCUUAAAGUGGAUGGAGCAGUACCAGCACCAGCAGAUAGCGGGAGAUCACGUUUACGACGCCCCACCAAGGAAAGCAGUGAAAGCCGUCAUCACUGAGAGCCCAAAGAAUGGAAGUGAUGUGGGUCAGCAACAUUACAAGGACCCCAAAAAGCUCUGUGAAGAGGACUUGGAGAAGCUGGUACCCAGGGUGAAAGUGAGCAACGAGCAAGCCAAGGAUGGUGUGCCGGCCAAGCCUUCUGAAGCCACCUCGGACAGGUCGGAGGGCAGCAGCCGGGACGGCCAGGGCAGCGACGAGAAUGAGGAGUCGGGCGUUGUGGAUUGGGUGGAGGUCACGGUCGGAGAGGAGGACGCCAUCUCAGACAGGUCGGAUAGCUGGAGUCAGACGGCAGCCGAAGGCACCGCAGAACAGGCCGGCUCGGACUCCGACAGCAUCCCUGCCGAGGCUGGCCAGGCCUAACAGGGAAGUCCGUCAGAACUGCAUUGCUGAUAAAGGGGACGCUCUGUCUUUGAGGAAGGAAGAGGACCUCCCUCCCCGGCCGUGGGCCACCCUGGCCAGAGGCUCCAAGUGGAACCACUUAGCCGGCGUGUGGCUGCUGGGUGCCGGAGCCCCAGCCUUCACACACACCCCGCCCGGAGGACCGGCGGGAAUUGUUCAUAGUGCCAAAGUCCUACUACUGCGUUUUCAAUGGGUCCUUGUAAAUAGUUUGCUCCUCUGCCCUGGCCCCCACUUCUUGCUAUACUGGAACCAAUUUGUACGAUGUGGGAAUUUUGUUACCUUUUUAAUCAAGGGCAACCUCCUUUUACAGCACUACCAUUGUAAGGUUUUUUCCAGGAGGGAGGGCUGAUCACAUGUGCUUUUCUCUUUUUCCUUUUUUUUUUUUUUAAUCUUUAUUUUAUUAAUUUUGGGGAGGGGGGGAAUGUUAGCAUUAGUGCCAUUAUAUCUACUGGAUUUUAGGUAGGGAGAGUUCGUUUUAUUAAAAGUAGUUUGAAAUUUGGGAGAUUUCUCCGUGGGAAGGGCUAGGAUUUGGGCUUCUGUCUGAACUUUGAGAGGGUUUUACAGAUGGCACAUCUUCCAGAUCAAGCCCAUUUUUGGUUCUCCCUCCCCCACCAGCCACCUCUGGGGUCCCUGUUUAGCCACGCACAGGGCUUUCCGAACUGCCAACAGGUGGAUCUGGUUUUCUCCGCCGCCUGGCCUCUUGGGCUGACCUUGGGCGGAGCCAGCACCAGAGAACUAGGGAGCAGGUGGCUCCCUCUUUCAGCGUCUUGUUAGAUACCAGCAGAAAGGGCUUCCACAGUUCUAGCAUUAUCGUUACUUUUGUGAAACUCCAACAAAAAGAGGUCUUCCUAUCUAGAUGGUACAAAAAUGAACAACUUUGGUUUUGAUUUCUGUUCCUAACUGCCUUUUCUCAGUGUGGUAUUUGACAAGAUUUCAGCCUGAAGCCUCACCAUGAUCUGAUUUUUUUGUUUGUGUUUGUUUUUGGGCCAAUUUUAGAUUCCUGAGUGCACUUUUGUUUUUUGUUGGGUUUUUUUUUUUUUUUUCCCAAUUAGUCCUAACUUUUAAAGAGGAAAAACCAAGAGACAUAUCUGGUGUAAAUGUUGCAAUAUGAAUUGUGUUUGCAACCCCCUCCCCCCACCCCACCCCCCAUUUGGGUAUACUGCACAAAUAAAAUGCUAGGGAGUUUGGAAAAAAAACAUUUUUUCUAACUUGUUGCUCAUUUGUUGUAACUCAAUAAAGCAGAGACUAAACAUUUUUAUAACCUU